UUUCGUCCGGUUCGCUUUCAGACGGCCGCCUGCUGUGGGACUUCUUGCAGCAGCUGCUGAACGAUCCGAGCCAGCGGUACGGUGGCUACAUUGCGUGGAAGUGCCGCGACACGGGCGUGUUCAAGAUCGUCGACCCGGCCGGCCUGGCCAAGCUGUGGGGCAAGCAGAAGAACCACCUCUCGAUGAACUACGACAAGAUGUCGCGCGCCCUGCGCUACUACUACCGCGUCAACAUACUGCGCAAGGUGCAGGGAGAGCGCCACUGUUACCAAUUCCUCCGCAACCCGACCGAGCUGAAGAGCAUCAAGAACAUUUCGUUGCUCCGGCAGACGAUGGCCGCGAGUCAGGCGGCGGCCGCAGCCGCCGCCGCAGCAGCGGCCGCCUCCGGUGGCGGUGCUAGUGGCAGUGUCGUCGGCAAUGGCACCGGUGGCAACGGAUCGGCCGCUGCCGCCAGCUCACUCAUGUCGCUGCUACCGAACGGAGCGAACAUCCACCACCUGGCGGUAGCUGCGGCAGCGGCCGCGGCUUCGCAGAACGCAGCCGCCGCUGCCGCUGCCGCAGGAGGACCCCUCUCUCCGUCGGCGUCCUCCUCGGCAUCCUCAUCGCCAUCGGCCCUGCACCACCACCACCACCACCAGCAACAGCAACAGCAGCAGCAGCAGCAACUUUCGCAUCACCUGCACCAUCGCACCAACAUCAAGAUGGAAACCGAUCUCGACGAUCUGAAGCCGACCGAUCUCAGCACCAACAACGAUCGGAAGUUUAGCUACGGUAGCUCCGCGGUCAACGGCACCGAUUGCUAUCCACUGAUCCGGAAUGCGAACGGUCUGACGACGAUUCAGUUGCUGCGGCAACAGCAGCAAUCGGAAGCCGGGUCCCCGCCGUCGUCGCCGACGCCGCUCUCGAUCAACUCGCAGUCCCUCCACACGAUCAGCAGCAAUCUGCACCACCUGCACCAGCAGCAGCUGCAGGCGCAGGCGGCAGCGGCGGCGAUUGCGGCCGCCGCCGAAGCGCGCCAGCAGCAGGACGACCAGGAUCACCAACACCACCACCAUCCGCUUCACCACCAGCACCAGCAUCACCAGCACCGGAAUGGCAACAGCAGCCGGAGCAGCAGCACGAGCGGCAGCAGCGAACACGAUCUCCACCGGGGAGCGGGCGGUGCCGGUGGAGGCGCCGAUCGCGACCGGGACACGCCGUCGCCGGCCAACAGUGAUGCCUCGCAUCCUUCGUCGUCGGUGGCGGUGGUGUCCUCGGCGCAACAGCACCACCACCACAUGCACAUCAAAAGCGACGACGACAGCAUGAUGCCGACGGAUCUGAGCAAACCCGAGCCGAUGUACUACAAGUGAAGCCCCCACGUCCCCGUCGGAGUGAAGCGCUUUUGCCACACGCGGACGGUGCUCUCGGAGCGACCGUCAUUCUCGACCGUAAAUUGGUGUGAAGUCCGCGAGAUUAAUUACUUGUUGUUCUGCUCCGGUGUUGCUCUAAGCGGAAGCGAAAGACGACGGAAGCCGUUAAGCCGGGAAAUCCACAC